AUGGCCCGGCUUAGGCGGAAAGCGUGUAUGGCUCUCUUCCUCUUCACACUCUUUGUGUUCGGGACCCUUAUGGGUUUGCGAACCUUGAAACCCAGCGAGGGCUUUUCGGACCUGGCCCCAGGGCUGGAACUCAUGGCAGGGGUCGGGGGGAAGGUUGACCGUCGCUCAGCGUCCAGCGGUGGGGCAGUCUCUCCGGGUAACGCUCGGGUUGGUGCCGGCGACACAAAAGCAUCUCUCUCCAACUCUGGCCAGGACAAAGGUAUUUUUUACGACGUUCACAUAUUUUAUUACAUGUGGUAUGGAAACCCACAACUGGAUGGGAAAUACUUGCAUUGGGACCAUGUUCUGGUUCCACACUGGGACCCGAAGAUUGCCGCAAGUUACCCCACAGGCAGGCACACUCCUCCAGACGACAUCGGCUCAAGCUUUUACCCAGAGCUGGGUCCGUACAGUUCUCGGGAACCGGAGGUGGUGGAGUCUCACAUGGAACAGAUCGAAGCAGCGGGAGCAGGAGUGGUGGUGGUGUCCUGGUAUCCCCCUGGCCUGUCCGAUGACAAUGGAGAACCGACGGAGGACAUUGUGCCGGCCAUCUUGGAGGCUGCACACAGACAUAGCCUCAAGGUGACCUUUCACCUCCAGCCUUACAGAGGGAGAAGCGACCAGAGCGUGCACGAGAACAUCAAAUACAUCAUUGACAGGUAUGGAGACCACGGAGCUUUCUAUCGUUUCGCCACCAACACUGGCAAAGUGUUGCCCCUCUUCUACAUCUACGACUCGUACCUGACUCCGCCGGAGGCCUGGUCGGAGCUGCUGAGCUCCACGGGCUCGCACAGCCUGCGCGGCAGCGCGUACGACGGCGUCUUCGUGGCGCUGAUCGUGGAGGAGCGCCACAAGCACGACAUCCUGGCGGGCGGCUUCGACGGCAUGUACACCUACUUCGCCUCCAACGGCUUCUCGUUCGGCUCCUCGCACCAGAACUGGAAGGCGGUCAAGGCCUUCUGCGACGGCAACAACCUGCUGUUCGUGCCGAGCGUGGGGCCCGGCUACAUCGACACCGGCGUGCGGCCCUGGAACAACCACAACACGCGCAACCGCGUCAACGGGCGCUACUACGAGACGGCGCUGCAGGCGGCGCUCAACGUGCGGCCCGAGCUGGUCAGCAUCACCUCGUUCAACGAGUGGCACGAGGGCACGCAGAUCGAGCGCGCCGUGCCCAAGAAGACGGUGACGCGCCUCUACCUGGACUACCAGCCGCACGCACCCGAGCUCUACCUGGAGCUCACCCGCCGCUGGGCCGAGCAGUUCAGCAAGGAGAAGGAGCAGUGGCUGAUGUGAGGCCGGCCGCGGGGAUG